GGCCGGCAGCUGCAGGCGGCCGGCAAGGUAGCUUCCUCCCGCGGCCGGGCAGGCGUCGCUGUUGCGGCGGGGGGUGCCGCUCAGGCUCGGGCUGGCCGGGUGCGGCCUCGGGGCUGCCCAUGGGGCGCGGAGGGCCGGGCCGGUGACGCCGGACGCCCAUGGACGCCCCUGAGGAGCCGCUGCCGCCGGUGAUCUACACCAUGGAGAACAAGCCCAUCGUCACCUGUGCUGGAGACCAGAAUUUAUUCACCUCCAUUUACCCAACGCUUUCCCAGCAGCUGCCGAGAGAACCGAUGGAAUGGAGAAGGUCCUACGGCCGGGCUCCCAAGAUGAUCCACCUGGAGUCCAACUUCGUGCAGUUCAAGGAGGAGCUGCUGCCCAAAGAAGGGAACAAGGCCCUGCUCACCUUCCCCUUCCUGCACAUCUACUGGACGGAGUGCUGCGAUACUGAAGUGUAUAAAGCUACAGUAAAAGACGACCUUACCAAGUGGCAGAAUGUUCUGAAAGCCCAUAGCUCUGUGGACUGGUUAAUAGUGGUAGUUGAAAAUGAUGCCAAGAAAAAAAACAAAACCAACAUCCUUCCCCGAACUUCCAUUGUGGACAAAAUAAGAAAUGAUUUUUGUAAUAAACAGAGUGACAGGUGUGUUGUGCUCACCGACCCCCUGAAGGACUCUUCUCGAACUCAGGAAUCCUGGAAUACCUUCCUGACCAAACUCAGGACAUUGCUUCUUAUGUCUUUUACCAAAAACCUAGGCAAGUUUGAGGAUGACAUGAGAACCUUGAGGGAGAAGAGGACUGAGCCAGGCUGGAGCUUUUGUGAAUAUUUCAUGGUUCAGGAGGAGCUUGCCUUUGUGUUUGAGAUGCUGCAGCAGUUCGAAGACGCCCUGGUGCAGUACGAUGAGCUGGACGCCCUGUUCUCCCAGUACGUGGUCAACUUCGGUGCUGGCGAUGGUGCCAACUGGCUGACUUUUUUCUGCCAGCCGGUGAAGAGCUGGAAUGGAUUGAUCCUCCGAAAGCCCAUAGAUAUGGAGAAGCGUGAAUUGAUACAGAGGCAAGAAGCUACCCUGUUAGAUCUGCGCAGUUACCUGUUUGCUCGCCAGUGCACCCUGCUCCUCUUCCUGCAGAGGCCGUGGGAGGUGGCUCAGCGCGCCCUGGAGCUGCUGCACAGCUGUGUGCAGGAGCUGAAGCUCCUGGAAGUCUCCGUGCCGCCCGGCGCCCUGGACUGCUGGGUGUUCCUGAGCUGCCUGGAGGUGCUGCAGAGGAUAGAGGGCUGCUGCGACCGCGCGCAGAUGGACUCGAACAUCGCCCACACCGUGGGCUUGUGGAGCUACGCCACCGAGAAGCUAAAGGCCCUGGGCUACCUGUGUGGACUGGUGUCGGAAAAAGGACCUGACUCAGAAGACCUCAACAGGACGGUCGAUCUUUUGGCAGGUUUGGGAGCCGAGCGACCCGAAACAGCCAACACAGCUCAGAGUCCUUAUAAGAAACUCAAAGAAGCAUUGUCAUCAGUAGAAGCUUUUGAAAAACACUACUUAGAUCUGUCCCACGCCACCAUUGAAAUGUACACAAGUAUUGGGAGGAUACGAUCGGCCAAGUUCGUGGGAAAGGAUCUGGCAGAGUUUUACAUGAGGAAGAAGUCUCCACAAAAGGCGGAGAGCUACCUCCAAGGGGCGCUGAAGAAUUACCUGGCCGAGGGCUGGGCGCUCCCUAUCACGCACACACGGAAGCAGCUGGCCGAAUGCCAGAAGCACCUUGGACAGAUUGAGAACUACCUGCAGACCAGCAGCCUCUUAGCCGGCGACCGCCACCUGACCGAGGAGGAGCGGACGUACUUCUGCCAAGAGAUUCUCAACUUCACCAGCCAACACACGGAUAGCCCGGGUCGCAAAGUCGUGCUCCCUAUGCAUUCCUUCGCACACCUGCGGGAUCUCCGUUUCACCCCCGCCAACGCCGUGGUCCACGUGGGCGGCGUUUUGUCGGUGGAGAUAACCGUGUGCAGCCAGAUGCCCAUCCCCGUCCGCGUGGAGCAGAUCACCAUCAGCGUGCACUUCAGCGUCGAGAAGAACAGCUACCGGAAGACGGCCGAGUGGCUGACCAAGCACAAGACGUCCAAUGGGAUCAUUAACUUCCCGGCGGAGACCUUGCCUUUCCCCGCGUCCCAGAACAGUCUCCCGGCGCUGGAGCUGUACGAGAUGUUCGAGAGAAGCCCCUCCGACAACUCCUUGAACACCACGGGGAUCAUCUGCAAGAACGUGCACAUGCUCCUGAGGAGGCAGGAGAGCGGCGCCACCCUGGACUCGCCCUCGGGGGUGGCUCUGGAGGACGGGGCCCACGUGCUGCAGUGUGGCGACGUGACGCUGGCACCGGGGGCCAACACGAUCACGUUCAGGACGCAGGCCAAGGAGCCCGGCACGUACACGCUGCGGCAGCUGUGUGCCUCGGCGGGCCCCGUGUGCUUCGUCCUCCCGCACCUCUACCCGCUGGCGCAGUACGACGUGUACUCCCAGGAGCCGCAGCUGCACGUGGAGCCGCUGGCUGAUAGUCUUUUGGCUGGUAUUCCUCAGAAGGUCAAGUUCACUGUCACUACUGGCCACUAUACAGUGAAAAACGGGGACAGCCUCCAGCUCAGCAAUGUGGAAGCCAUGCUCAUCCUGUGCCAUGCAGAGAACAGAGCAGUGAUCUAUUCCAACACGAGAGAAAAGGCUUCUGAGGCGUCACUCCGGGUUCAGUCGUCCGACAAGGUCACAAGCAUCAGUCUGCCUGCUGCGCCUGCGUACCACGUGAUCGAAUUUGAACUGGAAGUCCUGUCUUUACCUUCAGCUCCCGCACCUGCAGGGGAGAGCAGCGCGCUGGGGGGGACAGAGGCCCAGAGAAAGCAUAAGGACACACCGAAAGCCGGCCACUGCAUGGCCACCACGGACCACAAAGUGUCCAUCGAGUGCCCGUGGUCCAUCUACUCCACCGUCAUCGCGCUGACCUUCAGCAUGCCCUUCAGGACCACGCAUGCCCUGCUGUCGUCGGGGACGCGGAAAUACAUUCAAGUUUGUGUCCAGAAUUUGUCCGACCUUGACUUCCGCCUGUCAGACAGCGCCCUGGCGGACGUCGGGGGCAGCGCCGACCUGCAGCUGCGGCCGCUGAACCUGGAAUCCCAGCAGCGCAUCUGCAGCCGGCAGUCGGUGUUCUUCGUCUGGGAGCUGGCGUGGACGCGAGAGCCGCCCCCUCCGCUGCACGCCCGGUUCUCCGUGGGAUUCCGCCCCGCCUCUCAGGAACGGCUGACUGUCUCCUUAAAGCCCUAUACUUACGAAUUCCAAGUGGAAAACUUCUUUACGCUGUACAACGUGAGAGCUGAGAUUCUGCCCCCUGCGGGGAUGGAGCUCUGCAGGACAGGCGCGCUGUGCGCCCUGGAGGUGGCCAUCACGCGCCUCUCGGACCUCCUGGAGGUGGACAGGGACGAAGCGCUGACAGAGUCCGACGAGCAUUUUUCCACCAAGCUCAUGUACGAAGUGGUCGACAACAGUAGCAACUGGGCGGUGUGUGGGAAAAGUUCCGGAGUCAUCUCCAUGCCUGUGGUCCCUCAGGCCACGCACAGAGUCCACAUGGAGGUGAUGCCCCUGUUCGCGGGUUACCUGCCCCUUCCCGACGUCAGGCUGUUUAAGUACCUCCCGCAUCACUCUGCACACUCCUCGCAGCUGGAUGCUGAUAGCUGGAUAGAAAACGACAGCCUGUCGGUGGACAAGCAUGUGGAUGACCAGCUGGACAGCAGCAGCAUCAAGAGCAGGGGCAGCGUGCACUCAGCCGCCAGCAGCGAGCACAAAGGCUUGCCCAUGCCCCGGCUGCAGGCGCUGCCGCCUGGCCAGGUCUUCAACUCCAGCGCAGGCGUGCAGAUCCUGGUCGUCCCCAGCAAAGACGACCAUGUUCUCGAAGUCAGCGUCACAUGACCACGCCUCGGGGAACGCGCCCCGGCCCGGCGCGAGUGCACUCGAAGGGAUCCUGACUCGGUCAUUCUCCAUUGUAACAUUCUCGCUCUAACCACGCCCGGGGACUCUGCCCGGCCACCGAAGCACCAGAGAGACGGGCUCCACGUGCAGCCGGCCAGCAGAGUCCAACACUUCCUUUGUGCUGUCAGUGGUGUCAGGUUACUUACUGCUUUCUCAUCCCCCUGUCCCUGCGCCGGCGUCCCCCAGUGCCGGCCCAGAGCCCACCCACUUACCCCCACUCCCCGCUCACGCAAGCUCUUCAGAGGGGUCUCCCACCUGGGCAGCCCGCAGUCUGCCGGUUCUUCUUGAGGUCCGUGUGUCUUCCAGGGAGACGCUCAGCAGGCCUUGCGGUCUUGGUAGUGACACGCGUGUGCCUUUCUGGUCACGCGGCUGCCCGAUGUCCGGACCGGGUGGGUUUGUCAGUCUCCUAAGGGGUAACGCAGUCCUUUACCUCAGCUCAUCUCAUUGUGCUUUUCUAGAAAAACCCCCUUUUAGGGCGGGUAGGUGGGGCUAAGGGGCGGGGUGGGGAGGGAACAACCCCUUCUGUGCCUUGGGAUGUCGAGCUGGGCCGCCCUGGGGCACCCACCAGCUGGAGCCGUUGUAAAGGUACUUCGAGGAGACCAGAGCAGGGCCUAAGGAACAAAGAGCUCGGUAUUGGAGCAGUUUAGGAAAAGAUGUUUCUGGGACCCUUUUUCCCUCAUAAUGUUGAUUGAAUACCAUAUGCACUUGAAAUUAAAUAUAUAUUUAUUUUAAUUAUCUAUGUGAGGGUAAAUAUGUUGUGUUUUCUCUCACCUUUAAGCUUAGAGUCUUUACAUGUCAUUGUAACUGUAUAAUCAAUAUUUUUCCUUUGCACCUUAAAUCUUAGAAAUUAGGAGUUUCCAUCUGAGUGACGAUUGGAGGGGUCCUCUCGGUGUAGUUCUAGUCGGGUCGUAGGGGGGCAGGAGUCCUGGAGUAUUCCCUGCUGGGCCGCUAAACUGCAGUCAUCCCAUACCGACAGAUUAAUUUGCUUUUGGUUGUAAAUGUAAUUGUACAUACGGUUGAUUUAUUAUUUUUAAAAGUACAAAGUAACUGAUGUAAUGUUUAUGUAUAAGUUGCACCAAAAAUCAAGGACAGAAUAAAUAUGUGUUUGUUUUUAUUGGUGUGAAAGUCACAGCUUGUAAAUAAGUGUUGUAUGUAUUAAACCUUUUCCAGCUUUCCAAAGCGAUGUAUUUUUGUACAUAUGAAAAAGAGAACUCUUAAUUCACUGAGAAAGUGAGGUCGGGGUUGAACUUGACCAGACUAGCUCAAGAAAGCAUGGGGCCUCAUGUGAAUGACCUCAGAUGUGUGGGCCUUACAGAAGGAGCCUCCCGCAGCUGCUGCCAGCCAGGGCGCGUCACUGGCUGGAGGGAGGCGGUGGGGUGGGGGCGCGGGGUCAGGUCGGCGCGCGCGCACUCACACACGGCAGAGCAGUUGCCAUCGCUUUUCUGUAGGUUGUCUGUCGACCCAAAUAAAGGUGGUACGAUUUCCCCCUCAUGUCUUUUUCAUUUACAGAAAUCAGAGAAGUGUGUGAAGAAGAUAAAUAUUGGUGUGUUUCAUUAAACUUUCCAGAAAUUGAUCUUCCUUAUGAGCAGCUUAAAAACUAAUAAACUUGGUCAACUAGUUAGGCAAAUUAGAACUUCAGCAUCUAAUGAUGGCUUAGGGUUUCUAAAAUAAGCUUGUUUUAUUGUAAACAUUGACGAUUGCCCUUCAUAUCUACCAAAGCCCUGUGAAUGAAGAUGCUUGAGAUUCGAUUCAGUCGGAAAAGCUCUAAUCCUUGUGGUCAGCCUCAGAGCUAAAGGGACUGAGCCCACCUCCCUGCGUGAUGGAGCUUUUCUUCUUCCUUCUGGAAGGGACAGUGUGGGUCAAUGGUAUCCUUAUUUCUGUUUGAUUUUUGUGUCUGGGCUCUAAUCCCAGGAUGAAAUUCUCAAACAGUAUAGAUUUAAAGGGGAAAAAAUGAAUAGAAAAUCCAAAAUUUUUAUGAUUUCUUACUGUCUGGAAAUUUAAUGAAAUCAAACUUAUCACAGGUUUGUUUUUUUACCCUAACUACCCAAAAGAUCUUUUGCAAUAUGAGUUACAUGACUGCCUCUUAAAAUUUUUUUUUUGUUUUUUACACAAAAGAAGGAUGUCACCUAAAACACCAUUUUCUUUUUAACUAAAAGGCUAUGAUUGGAUUUUUGUUGUGUUUAAAAUAAGUCUUAUGGGUUUGAGACAAGCUGGUUUUGUUGAUAAAGAUGUAGCAGCUGUCAAAUAAUUACAAAGCCAGAUAUAGAAUGUACAUCUAAAAAAAAACAGAAUAUGCAGCUACUUUGCAAAUGUGUGGAAAUGUAAAUAUUAGCCAAAGGAAAAGAAAGUUAUAAUUUUGGUGAAUUUCAUGGGGUCUCCUAUGAUUGGAAAAAUUAUAACUCUGCUAAUUCUAAUGUGAAAAUUGUUGUACUUAAUCUGAAAAUGACUUCUACCUACAGUUUCAUUGUCAGCACAGGCUGUCGUGGGCUGGAUUCCUAAAUUAGUAAGUUGACGAGGGUAGAUAUACCAUAAAGAGCCAGUAGAGAAAAUACACACAGGCUUAUAUUCCAUUUUUCUUUAGUGUUUAAGGUUGUUACAAAAUUAAACACUCCAGGUGUGUAUAUAAAAUGAAAAAGUUAAGUACUUUUUAUAAAAGAACAAACUAGGCUGAUAUAAAUGUUUCACUGUCAACUGUGACUUUUAAAUCCUACAUGACUUUAAAAUUUGAUUUUUCAUGAAAAUGUCCCUUACUCUAAAUUUAUUCAUCUUAUACACUAGGCUAUAAGACCAGAGAAAGCAUUGUUAGUAGAAUUUGCUGGGAUUCUGUGACUGGAAAAGGUGACAAGUUGGUGACUUUGACACUGCAGGUAUUAAUUCCAUUUUCAUGGUUUACUAUGAAAGUCAUUUUUCACAUUACUCUGUAAUAUAUUGUUAGACUAAAACCAUUGUAUUAAGACUGUUUAAAAUGUAAGCAUUAUAAUUCUGAAAAUACACAUUUUAAGAAGAAA